GUCAUUUGCAAUUGCAACAUUGAUGGGACGGUGAAGGGGUUGGCUUGGACUAAAGGGCAGAAUCGUUCAUGCGUAACGCUUCUAAAUGGGUAUCAUUUUGAAUAUUUAAGGAAAAGAUGGAUAUAAGUUUGGCAGCUAAAGAACUACGACCUUGCGCAAACAUCUGACAUAUAAGAAAUGCGCUUCGAAUAAAAAAGUUAUGAAUCCUUUCACCAAUGACGAUCAUAUUCAUGUGCCUUCUGUGUCGAUGGCAACGUCUCGUACUUCUGUACUUGGUCGCGAAAAGAAUCCCCAGGAAUAAGUGGACUCACGUGAAUAAUUGUGAAUAAUUAACAAAUCAUCAUACAUAAAUAACGGCGGUAAUGAGGAAAUAGCACUGGUUCAUCUCUUGGCGGAAAAAAAUGAAAUGAAUGGAGAAAAGAACUGGUUUACGAGAGCUAUCGAUUCAAGCUGAGAAAAGGGUGUCUGGACGAACGUGUAUGGUGGAGACCAACUUUGUGCAAAAGUUCCUAGAGGAAUUGGAAUAAGGUGGCAAAUAAUCACGCAGAAUACAAAGUUUCACAAGACUAACGUCAUUGCGGAUUAUAAUACUCCCAAUUGCGUUUCGCCUGAGAUCUUGUGUGAAUUAAAAUAUAAAAACAAUGAGAAAAAGCAACGAGGACGCGCGUUCAAGCCAAAUUUUCUUCACUGCAAGGGUCAAGAACAAGAGAGAAGAUACCAAGCUGAAAUACGAGAUGAAGCUCCUGGAACGCGAAUUCGGACAUACCAUAUUCUCUAUCCACAAGGACAUUCGCGAUCUCAAAGCCGAACUCAAAGUAACCAAACGAAGCAGCGGCCACAGUGCGGAAGGUUGGUUCGCAGGAGAUGAUGACGAAAGUGUUGGGAAUAUUUCUAGUCGUAGGACGCGAUCGACGAAGAGCGCAGAGGGUAUCAGACGUCGCACGAAAGUCCUUGAACGUCAUCAAAAGCAAAACAGGGUGUUUUCUGCUCCUGCAGUCAGAAAUCCUCGGGACAAUUCGUUGGGGAGUAGGGUGACGAAGAAUCCUGAUGCAGAAAGAGUUCGGCAAGAUGACCAUGUUAAUUCAAAAUCCACGGGUGGGGAAGUGCGUCUGUCGAAAGUUAAAUCCUUAAUCACACAGAAACAUAGCAUGAAACCUUCUGCAACGAAAAAAGUACCUGCUGGAGAUGAUUUUGCAGCAGAUGUAUCCUUACGCAUAGACAAGCACUGUGACAAAGACGAGCCUAUUUCAAAUGAAAACAGAUCUGCAGACACCGAAAAUGAUUAUUCUAACGAAACUAUAAGUUCUAAUUUACAGUCUGUUCCCACUUCCAAACCUAUAAAACAGAACAGCUUCCUAAAUCCAAUUGCAAAGCAAAACUGGGAAACAGAAUUCGCAAGUAGUUCCGUGAAUGAUCAUCCAGCACAUCUGAAGCCGUCCCAGGCUAAAUCUGUUGAACGUCCCCUGUCACCAAUGAUGAAGGUAUUGGUCAAAGAUCGCUGGUUGAAACCAUCCCUGAAAAAGAGAACAAAUGGCAUGAAUAAUGACGAUGUUCUUGACAGACCAAAGAAGACAGUUAGAAUUGCCACCAAUUCAUCGCAUUUUCGAAAUGAUUUUCAAAGAAGCCAUACUGAUAAUACUACGGCUAACCAGCCGAUAAGCCAUCUCAAUACGCAGAAUAUUAUGCAACAGAAGAAAUCCCCAUCAUUUGUGACAGAUUCUAUUUCGGCUGUAGAUCAUCAGUCUUUUACGAAUCCCAUGAGUAUUAGAAGUGGAGCGUUGCCGAGCUCGAACAUGUCGAAAGAUGAGUCAAUGAAAAACUCUGUAAAUGUUAUUCCUGAUGUCCGCAAGAAGGUGAUGUCUUCGGAUGAAAUCAAAAUGAAAAGAAAACGGGACAAUUUGCUGGCGAGCUCAGUAUCUGCCCUUUUGGCUGGAAAGGUCCUUGGGCAAGGAAACAAAGAGGGGAUCAGCAAAACUGAGAAAGAGGAUGACGCCGACGAUAGACCAGGAUCUGGAACGGAGAGAGGCAGAUCUCCUUCUCCAAAGCUUCGCAGACGAUUCAGCUUUGGAACGAUCGCACAACUUGCAAUGAAUCAACAUAAAGCUUUCCCGGUCGAAAAGAAAGCUACACUUGGAAGCCGACUAAAGCUGAAAACUCCGGCGGAGGAAUCCGAGAGGAAUAUCCAAAUACACAAAAGUGUUUUAGUAAACGAUUCUGAUUCGGACGACGAUAAUCAUAAGAACGAUUACACACCAGCAAAACCGGCUAUCGACCUUAAGAAUGUGAAAUCGAAAAUAUCGAACCAGUGGAAUCAGGACGCAGUGUUGGAGAAACCGCCAACUUUAUCAGACGACACUUUUCAGCUUCAGCGAUCGCUGGCAGCAGCACAUAUAUCGCGAGGACGCGAUCUACGCGAUAUGCAAGACGAUAACGAGGUCGAUCCUGUGAAGGUGAUCGAUGAUGAUCGUAAAUCGGCGCUUGUGUUGAAAUUAAAAGCGUUCAAUAAAUUAUUAGUGGGUGGUGACAAGCAAGAGAAGAGGAGAAAAAGUGUGAUGGAUGCUAUACACGCAGGUACUGAUGGAAAACAAAUAUUAAAACUUAUGAGAUUAGCUAACAAAGAUUAAUGCCUCGUCAAUAAAUCACUCCACGAGAUUUGAUUAGCAGAUAUACACUCUUAAAAUUGUUGGGCAAAAAAUGACCAACUUAUAACCAACCCUGGUGCAACAUGAUGUCCACACAACUAUUGAUUAAAAUCUGCCCAAUUGGGUAAUAAAAACAUUACUAAUAAUGGGUUAUAAAUUAGCUCAAUUGUUUAAUAAUUUCCAAGAAUAUAUAUAUCUUGUUACCAACAUACAUUACCCAACACAGUGGACAAUGUUGCCCAACAUUUUUAGUGUGUAUCGGUUUAUAAAUGGUGGAGUUGAGGUGGAAUGCAGUUUGAUAAUGACUCUUUCUCAGGUGUGUUAGGCUGAACUAGUGCAUGGGUUGUCGUGAGUAAAUAGAUACAGUAUUUAUUAAAGAGUAUAACUUUGGCCAGGAUACAAAUGGAGGAAGGGUGAAAAAUUCCCAAUAUGAGAUUAAAAUAAUACCUAGUAAACAAUAUCUCGCCGAUGUCUACCAAACCAACGCCCAGGGCCACUUUUUUUACCCAAAUCAAAACAAACUACCGUACUUUUGUUGUCUUUUUACCAAGUGCAAGUCAGGUAGCGGGGCACUGUCUUUACAAAGAGGACAUAUGUCCAUGCUCGUAAUCAAAAACAUGUAAAAGGGGUUGUAUUCCAUUGCCAGGGAGAUGAAAACUUGUUGAUGAUUCUCUAAGAAGGAAGGAUGAUAACCUGCUUGGAGUCCAUUUUGAAAGUUCAUUUACGAGCACAAUAUCCACCUUACAAUGAGCCUCCCUCCCCCCGCCUAUCCUCUCCCAGUGUGGUGUAUAUGUUGUAUCUGCUCCAAUUGCACGUUUUAUUAGUUGGUGAUUCGUAAUUUUUUCUGUUUCUGUUCCGUUAGUUUCAACUUCGAUCUCACUCAUACAAGACGACAGAAAGUUAAUGUGUACUACCUUUGUGGCUACAAUGAGACUCGUUUCUCAUCGCGAUUAAGACAAUGCUCCUACUAUGGUGUAAAACAAAAAAAGAGCAAAUUCGCGAGCUGAUCAGACGCUAUCGUUGUAGAUAGUACAUUUGACCUAGAAUUUUCUUGAUUUUAUUUUUCAUUCAAUGAUUAAUUUUGAGUAAAAGGGAACUAGUUUGCUCCCGGCCGUUUGAAUCAUUACGGUUAUUCAACAUAGCCUACUAAAGUAACUCAGUCGACAAUUCGGCGGCAAGCGCUAUUAGAGAUACUGAGCAAGGCUCACCAUGGCUUUUGGAAAGGAGGGGUGUUGGAGUGAAAUCGAGAUUAAAACUAAUGCAAAAGACAGAGGUGUCGAUACAGGAUGGGGCGGGGCGCGGGCAAUUUCCACCAUGAAUAUAUGAGGCAAACACAUCGUUUCCCCCCUCCAAUAUUUUUUAGAACUUGAAAUUAAAGUAUAAUAUACAAAACAAAUCUAUAUCAUAGUUUCCUCGCAGAGUGCGCAGAAGAUUUUUUUUCUUCAGCUUUGGCCCGCCCCCCCCCCAAAAAAAAAAAAAAAAAACCAUGGAUGGCCGCUUCUGAGAGAAGUGACAAAUUUCGGUCUUGUCCUGGCUCGGUAUUUGAUUAGUUAAUAUUAUUAUCUGCUUUGUAUUUCACUGCCAAAAAUCUACUUAUUGCAUUAUUUUCUCUCCCCAAAAACAAAUGUUCUGUAACUUUGUUUGGCAUGCAUGAUUACUGAAAUAAAAACGAAAUUUCAACAAAAUUGUUCUUUGAGAUUUUUUUUUCAAUUGUCUCGCAACUAAGAUGCACUUUUUUUUAAUUUGUGGUUUCCCUUUUAUUCCUUUUACCCCACUCUCUGUUAUCAGAUGUUUGUCUAAUUGCAAAAUGAAUACAACUUAAAUGAUGCCAC